AUGUCAAACUUUCUAGGUAAAUCAACUACACCAGCAUCGUCGAAAUCAUCAUCUUCGUUGCUCUCAAAGGUACCGGCAGCACCAUCACCGAUCGUCAAGUUACCACCUCCACCAUCGUCACCGACCUUCAAUCUCUCGACAUCAAACACCUCCAAUUCCUCGGCAGCAGCAGCAGCAUCAUCACAUUCGCCAUCGUCAUCAUCAUCACCCGGUAGUCAUCAAGGAAAUGUAUCACCAUCACCAUCAUUCACAAACAACAACAACAACAAUAUAAAUAAUAACAACAAUGUUUCAUCAUCAUCUUCAACGUCAUCAAAUAAUUUACAAAACAAUAAUAAUAAUUCACCUGUUUUAAAUGGUAGUGGCGGAAAUCAUCCGAAUACAACAACAUCAACAUCAACAACUGGCAGUGGUAACAAUCGUCCAAAUCUAACAAAUUCAAAUAGCAAUAGCUUUAGUAGUAAUAUUGGAAAUAGCAAAGUCGACGAAAUGAAACGUAGUCAACUUACAUCGUCGGCUGGAUUCAAACCAACCUAUAGAUCGAGUACGACAUUGGCACAGCUGACAUCACAAUCGAUACCAUCCAACUCUGACAACUCACCACCAUCCUCUUUGUUUUCAUCGUCAUCGUCACCAACCAACGAUUCUCUUAUCUAUCACGACAACGAUCAACACUACGAUGCCAACACUAAAUUUGGAAAUUAUAUUGUAGAUUUAAAGGUUACUUCAUCAAAUGAACAAGCUAGAUCUGGACAUUCAUGUUCGUAUUACGACGAUACCAUGUUCAUCUAUGGUGGUUUAACAAGUGAUUCCACACCAACCAAUGAUUUUUAUUCUUUUAAUUUUUCAACUAAAUCAUGGUCUAGUUUAAAUAGUGGACCAACACCAAGAUCAUAUCAUACUUCUGUAAUAUACAAUAAUUCAAUGUAUGUUUUUGGUGGUGACGGUGGUAACUCUGGUCUAAAGAAUGAUUUUACAUAUACUCAAUUGUGGAGUGAGUUAUUCACGGAGGGUCAAAGACCGAGUGCUCGUUUCGGACACUCUGCUGUUGUCGAUGGCAACCAGAUGUUGGUGUUCGGUGGUGUCGCUGGCUCACAGCUCUCAAACGAUGUGUAUUCGUUGAAUCUCGAGACAAAGAGCUGGACGCUGGUGGUUCCUGCUUCGGCCGGACCGGUGCCGUCCGCUCGCUCUUUCCACACUGCCACUCUGCACAAGGGUGUAAUGUAUGUGAUUGGCGGUCAAGACUCCACUACCAAUGCACUGGACGACAUUCACUUCUUCACAAUAGCGACCAACACUUGGCGACCAUUGGUGAUUGCCGCCGAUCCAAACAGCGGCAACAGCAUCUCCUCGACAUUUACAUCGCGUUCUCACCACGCUGCUGCACUCCUACAGGAUUCGAUCAUUGUCACCGGUGGUAACACUGCGCGUGCCAUCCAACCGACACUCGACAUCUUUGAACUCGAUCUCUUCCAGAAGCGUUGGUUCCGUAUUCAAACAAACAAUCACGGACAACAUCGUUCCAGUCACAGUUUGAUAAUCAAAUCGAAUUCACUCUACAUCUGGGGUGGUUGUUCAGAUUCCACCUUGGAUUAUCUAUCUUUUGGUAAAGAUGAUUUCGAAGAUAUUAAUCAAGAGGAUGAUGUUGAAUUAAAUAGAAUACAAAAUAUACCAAAAGCAUUGUGGGAAUCUACGUUGAUGAAGAAACAUCCAGAGAUUUUAGAGUAUAGGGAGAGAACACAGUUGUUGACUGGUGUAAAGUCAUAUGGUAGAACGUUGGCACAGCCAUCGUUCACUGAGAACAAGAAUGCUAUAUCCCAUCAGUUUGUGUUGCAGCUGAUUAUGGAGUAUCUCGAACGACACACUGCCUAUCACAAAUCGAUCAAGGCAAUCGAGGAGGAAGCAAGAGUUCUACACGCUCCAACCGACACUUCCGAGGCGCGUCUUGUCACUUUGUUGCGUCUGGUCAAACCACGUUUAAAGGCCAAGAACGUGCUGGAUCCAGAGUUGUCGAUCUACAAGACAACCGAGCAGUUUGACGAGGAGGUCCAGGUUGUCGACAAUCUCUACCGUCGUAUCGAGACGGAGGAGGACGUCAACAUCUGGGACGACGUCGACCCGAGAAACAUCAGAAAGAACGAAGCGGGUAGUUCGUUCUCGAUCAAAGCCGGUACUCUCAACAAGCUGGUACAGCAUCUCUCGCUCGGUGAGAACAACGCAUUCGUAAAGUCGUUCCUCUAUACACAUCAAUCGUUCACCACCAGUGAGAAUCUCCUGAAAAAGCUGAUCCAGCGAUACAACGGUCCGGUGCAGACCAACGUCGACCAACCGCGUGUCAAGCAGGACGUCAUCGAGCAGAACCGAAAGAAAGUUGCCGACGUCAUCAAGUACUGGAUCGACAAGUGUCCAUGGGAUUUCAAGUCGGGUCCAUCCGCUGACAAAUUGGUUGCUUCACUCAACAACUUUAUCGACGGUCCGCUGACUCGCGAUGGCAACAGAGCGGUCGCCAACCUUAGAAGAGCACUCGUCCAGGUGAGAACCAACGAGACCGGUCAACAAGUCUACAGUACCAGUUCGAAUCCACCCGAACCAAAGGUUCCAAAGAACAUCUUUUCACCACAACUCACACUGGCACACAUCGACGAUUUGGAGAUUGCCAGACAAUUGACUCUGAUCGAAUAUAAAUUAUUCCGUAACAUACCUCCACCAGAAUUCUUGGUAAAAGUAACACCGUAUGGUGAUUUCCAAUAUUCGGCAGCUACUUCACCCAACUUGAUUGCCUAUCUCAAUAGAAGUUCCGAUGUUAGCAAGUGGGUUGCUCAUACGAUUCUCUCGUUGGAUCAGAAGAAGGCGCGUGUAAAGAUGAUCGAAAAGUACUUUAAGAUUAUGGAGUCGUUGCGAUCGCUCAACAACUUCCAAACAUUGUAUUCUAUCUAUCAGGGACUUCAACAUCCCUAUGUACAGACGGUGCCAGAUCUCUUCACCCUACGAUCGAAAGAGUUGCUCAUGGAGUACGAUUCGCUAUUCUCCAAGAACGACUCUUUCAAGACCUACAGAGAUACCCUCCAGAAAUCAGUGUCACCCUGCAUCCCACUCAUCUACGUCGUUCAAGAGGAUAUCAGUUUCAUCGAAACACAACAACCACCACUCAUGGGAUUACUCAUUAACUUUGUUAAAAGACAAAAUCUUUUCAAUAUCGUUUCAAAGGUUGAAGCAUACCAACAGACUUACUAUAAUUUACAACCAGUACAUCAAAUUUCAACAUUUGUCAACAAGUUACCAAAGGUAUCAGAGACAGAACUUUUAGAGCUAUCAAAGAAAAAGACAAACGACAUUUAA